CGACCACACCGCAUCGGCCAUACGGACGCAAUUUCAUCCCACGCAGCCCCGUACCCGACGCCCAUUUACGCGUCAUGCGGCUGGCAAACAUUUUCCACGGCGCGGACGUCAGGAUCCGCCUGCUCCGCUUUAAAACAUGAGGCACCGUUGCGGGGAGCGUCCCAACGCUACCUAAGUACCUUACUGCUGGAUCUUGAAGGACCCGACGUCUGCGUCUACAAGUACUAGAGAAGUCCUGGCUGCGCUUCCGGAAGGAGCCCUUUUGGUGCGAUGUGUGCGCUCGAGUCGGCGUUUGUGAAUACAGUUAUCACGGGUGAACAAGAGAAGGGAAUUGCACCUGGGACUACUACUACAUCAUCAUGCGUGCAGCGAGAUACUACGGAAAAGAAGAUAUCCGGAUUGAAGAUGUGGAAGUGGAGAAGUGUGGAGAGGGACAAGUCAGAGUCGCCCCGUCCUACGUCGGAAUCUGCGGAACAGAUCUCCACGAAUACCUCGGCGGCCCGACCUUCGCGCCCACAAAGCCCCAUCCAAUAACCCACGACACGAUACCAAUAACGCUCGGCCAUGAAUUCUCGGGCAUCAUCAGCGAAGUCGGACCCGGCGUCGCCUCCCUCACACCGGGCCAACAUGUCGUCGUACAACCCACGCUCUACUGCGGGACCUGUUCGGCCUGCACUUCCGGGGUGGAAAAUGUAUGCUACAAAGGCGGCUUCGUUGGGUUGAGCGGCGGCGGAGGUGGGCUAAGCGACUCAGUCGUCGUACCUAAGAGGGCGAUACUCAAGCUACCGGAUGGCAUACCGCUGGAUGUUGGAGCGCUAGUGGAGCCACUGAGCGUGGCGUGGCAUGCCAUAUCUGCUGCGCCGCUGACGCAGGAUUCAACUGUCCUUGUUUUGGGCGGUGGCCCGAUCGGACUCGCGGUCGUGCAGUGCCUUGUGGCUCUGAAGACGAAGAAGAUCAUCAUGAGUGAGGUGUCCAAGUCCAGACAAAGGUUUGCAAGGGAGUUUGGGGCGCACCAUGUUCUGGAUCCGAAGACGUAUAAUCUCGUGGCUAUCAGUAAAGAGCUUAGCGGUUCUGAUGGGCCGGAUGUGGUGUUCGACUGCGCCGGCGUGCCCGCGAGCAUAACGACAGCCUGUCAAGCGGUACGAGCAAGAGGAACGGUGGUGAACGUCGCGAUUUGGGAAAGAGAAGUCCUCUUCCAGCCGAACAUACUGGUGUUUAAGGAGGCCAAAUAUACUGCGGUAUUGGGGUACCAGAGAAAGGAUUUCCAGGCUGUAAUUGAUCAUCUCGCUGAUGGGAGUUUGAAGCCUGAAAAGAUGAUCACAAGCAAAAUCAAGUUAGAGAGCCUGGUAGAGGGCGGGAUUAAGGCUUUGAUCAAUGAUAAAGAAAGCCAUGUGAAGAUUUUGGUAGAGGUGGGGGUGGGUGGUAAGUAGGCUGUUAAGUCUCAUGACAAUACGGAAAGUGCCUUCCAAUACAAUACGUAUUGCUCGAUUUUCGCCUACCUAAGUACUACAAGUUAGCAAAAUCAUAAUUUUCAAUCCGC